AUGAGAUUAUUUGUGCAAGAUUCGAAAGACUAUCGGACAUUUGUUAACACUCGCCGUCGUUGGACCGAAAGUUUUGCCAAGGAAUCGAGUCGCUGGAUUGAAGACAAGUACAAAAACAUCGAGGUCAUUGGUUUAGACAAUGACGAUAUAGAUACUCGGUCCGGAUAUAAACAUGAUUUCACAUAUACAAAGUGA